AUGUUUUCAAAUCCUAAUCCCAAAUCUAGGGGUGAACUUUUUGGAGGAAGCUUGACAUGCUACCAUGGUCUUCUUGCGCAACUGAGGGUUGCCAAAAGAGGUACUAGACCGGAAAACAAAUUCUAUGGUUGUGGUAAUUGGCCUGAUACUAAUUGUAAGUUUUUUAAGUGGGAAGAUGAUGUUGACAAAUUCACUAAUGAGAUCGAGAAGCAUGAACAAUUAGAUGUUGAAAUUGAAGCGUUAGUUGAGAAAAUUCAAAAAUUAAAAAAUAAGAAGAGGACUAUGGAAGAGGUGGUUACAUCACUUAAAGUUGAAAAUGCAAAGCUCAAUGGCACAGUGAAGGCCUUAGGAAUUAUGCUUGUGUUCUCAUGGUUCAUAUGUUUCGCGAUUAUAUUUCUUCUUACUUAG